UGUAGUGCGAUUCCCAUUUUUCCUAACGACCGAUAUUCGUUAUUGAUAAUGAACGACGUUUGUAGCUUGCAGUAGCGAAUAGGCUAUUCUCAAAAACACACUUAACGCCAGAAUUCGUUAGGCAUGUCGGUAAAGAAGUUUACGACGAUUUUCGUUAAUUGCAAAGAUAAAUAUGGCAAUAUUGACGUUUGACAUUUAAUAUUUGAAAGAAAAUUUGAUUAUUGUUACGCGUAUUAUUAUUGUCGGGACUGUUGUGUGUGAAUAUAUUAUGGAAAAAAAACAGAAGCGCUAGAGCUACUACGGAGCAGUACCACAAAAUGCUGGACUUUUUCCUUGGCAAUAAGGGCCUCGCGGAAGGCAAGUUCUCCGCGAUUCAUGGCCGGCAAGAAGCUUCCCGGAAAUGGGAAGAGCUAGCGAUGUUGCUAAAUAGCUCAAAUGGUGCCGAAAAAUCUGCAGCUCAGUGGCAAGUAGUAAGUUAUAGUAGAUCACAUAGUAGAUGAUAUCUGCAAAACACAAUAAUUGCAAUUUUUGUAUUAGGUUUGGCGCGAUUUGAAAAGCCGGACUUCCGUCAAGGCAAGAGAGCGCAGGAAGCAAAUGGCGGCAACAGGAAAUGCUCCAAUGUUAACAGCUCCGCUUUCUGAUUUAGAUCAGAAAGUUUUGAGCUUACUUGGUACAGAAUAUGUGGAAGGGAGUAGCCAAUGUGUGGAAAGUAUUCCGGAGGAAGAUAGUCUGCAAAUUUCUCUUGAGAACGGAGACGCAUCCGUGCUGGUUGAUUACCCUGUGGUUUCAAUAGCAGAAGCAGCUCCUAUUCCCGUCGAGGCUACUCAAUCGACAGGAACCAAAAAUGCUUCGACGUCCAGGCGAACUUCGACUUUGAAGCGAAAGUCCGUAAUGGAAAGUACACGGGAGAUUUUCGCUAAAGUAGCAAAGCAGCAGGCAGAUGCUAUGAUAAUGCAGGCUGAAGCCGCCAAAGUGCAAGCUGAGUCAGCAAAACAGCAGGUUGAAGCCAUGCUUCUACAAGCCCAGGCCUUUGUGCGCGUAGCAAACGCCUUGGAAGAUUUAACAAGUUCUGUUAAGCUGCUGGUUAAUAAUACUGUUCUCGAAUUUUGAACUUUUUUUGAGCCAAGGUUUUAAUAGUUACUUCAUUGAGACAUUCUAAAUUCAAUGGAUUCUCCCGUUCUAUCAGAUUGGCUCCAGCUUUCGAGAUAACGGCACUUGAAAAUUUGCUUAAAUUUCAACUUUUUUUAUAAAUAACUCCCUGAGUUUUAAAGUUAUUUUACUAAAACUUUGCUCAUGACUGUUUUUUAAUAUUAAAUUCACUAUAAAAAACAGUCACGUGCAAAAUUUUUUUAAAAUAACACAAACACUAAGUGUUAAUUAGAAACAAUUGAAGCAAAUUUUCAAGUACAGUUAUCUCGAAAACUGGAGCCAAUCUGAUAGAACGGGAGAAUCCAUUGAAUUUAGAAUGCCGCAAUUAAGCAAGAUCAACUAUCAAAACCUUUGCCUAAGUGGUGUAAUAAAUAAAAUGUAAUAAUAAAAAGCACAUAUGUAUGUUUGUAUGUAUGUGAUAAAUA